CUCGCUCGGCGCGGAAUACUUCACAACUUUUAUAACUCACUUUAUUGUUCUUCUGGCACUCGAUGCGACCUCGGUGCGAUCUUAAAUAAGUAUUUAAUGGGAUGAUUCAAGAACAUUAGACGAGUUUCUAGUGAAUGCCUCAGUCGCCUGGUAGAGCUCAGUAGUGAUGCGAUGAGCGGCGUGCUGGCGGCUGUGAUAUGUGGUGAGAGGAGGCCGCGAGCGCCGCAUGGCGCGCCGCCUCGUGCUGAAUGGUCUCACGGCGGAGGUGGGCGCGGGCGGCGCCGCGCCGGGCUCCGCGCCGGGGUCGCCGGACUCACUGGAGUUCUACCACGAACUGGAGCUGUACCGUCAACUGCUGGCGCUGUCUGACGCGCCAAUUCCCGCGUCACCCGCGCUCCCCACACCAGACCCGCUCCCGCCGCGUUCACUCGGUCAGCGGCGCGCGCGCACGCCUGAUCCCACUCCCUCUACAAAGUGUCACGAUGAGCCGCGGCGCAGUCGUACCCCGGGCGGCGGCGCGCGCGCUCGGCUCCCGCCAGUGCGUUCCACCAGCCCCGAACUCGCUACUGUCGCCGUGCGACACGCCCGGUACCUGGGCUCGUUCCCGGUGGCCGGCGGCGAGCCGGCGGCGCGCGGCGACCAGGUCUCCGCGCAUCUACAACUCAUGAAGGAGAACGGGCGUGCGGUCCCGGUGCUGGUGGUGGUCGCUCUCUCGGGGGUCAAAGUAUGCGACCCCGACGACCAGAGCGUGCGCAUGGUCCACGCGCUGCGUCGCAUCUCGUACGCGACGUGUGAGGCCGCGCGCGCGCUGUUUGCGCUGGUGGCGCGCGAGCCGCGCUCCGAGCCGCCGCACCACUACUGCCACGCCUUCCAGACCGACACGCCCGAACAGGCGGAGGAACUGAACUCGUUGGUGGGAGAUGCUUUCCGAAUGGCGUUCGCGUCGCAGCUGCAGCCCUCCGCGCCGCUCUGGAGUAAGGAGCUAAGCGGGAGCGACUGCGGCAUGGGAGUACGCGCGCCAGACACCCUGCCCGGUCUCACACACCACUAUUGCAGCGACAGGUCCCCAGCGAAAUGCAACAUAAUGGGUGUGUCAAAACUAGUGAACGAGCCGAGUCCGAGCAGCUCGGAGGAGUCGAACUCCCCGACGGAGCUGAACUGCUACCGGCGGCUGGGGGAGCGCCCCCCGCUCAUGAAGAGACUGGCCAUGGGGCUCAGUGGAGCACUGCUGCAACCGUCCGACGAUGACUCCACGCCUCUCGUCGCAGACACACCUACCACGCCCACAAAUCUGCCACUAUGUAUGAACGGAGGUUACAUCAACGAGGCGUCAGAAGCGGAGGCUCGCACGCGGGAGAGUAACCGCGAGCCCCCCGCAGUGCCGGCCGCACCGCGCCGCACUGAGCUGUUGACGCAUGAUCUAGAUGUCGACUUCAGGAGGUGUAAUAAUAUCAAGAACAGUGAGUCUGCAGCGUGUAGCCGCACGACGUCGUCGUCGUCGGGCGCGUCCUCGUGCGGCGCCGCGCCCGCCAACAACAACGUGCCGCGCGCCGAGCCGGAGCUGCGCCAGGCACCAUGGUUCCAACACGGGAUACCACGAGAGAUAGCACUAGAAGUCCUGAGCUCGCAGCCGGUGGGUGCGUUCCUAGUGCGCGGCAGUACGACGCAGGCUGGCUGCUUCGCGCUGUCCGUGCGCGUCCCAAGGGACUUCACGCCCGCCGGCAUCGCGCACUACCUCAUACUGCGCACGCCCAAGGGAUAUAAGAUCAAGGGCUUCACGAAGGAGUUCUCGUCGCUGUGCGCGCUGGUGACGCACCACAGCGUGAUGCCGGAGCUGCUGCCGGUGCCGCUGCGGCUGGCGCGCGCGGCCGCCCGCCCGGCGCCGCGCCGCGACCACGCCGACCUGGACGCGCUCGCGCACGCACACAACCACAACGCGCACACACACCACCACUUCCUCGCACAGCUCGACGUCUAGCUUCAGCUCCGACAGUGACGUCACCCGCUCUGCACGUCAUUUCCAUUUUAGUCAAACGAACUUUGGAAUAAAUGCAAGCGACAGGUGUGAUUAUUAAAGUUAAUCAAUUAAUGUAUGUACAAAAAUUCUUAGGUUGUUAGGAAUUUGAACAAGGAUUUUAACUCAGUAUCACAAAUUCUGUCUCAUUACACCUACAUGGAAAAGUAACACUAUAAUUAUGGUAUCGACAACCUACAAAUUUUUGUAUAUUCAUCAAUAUCAAGAACAAAUUAGAAAAAUAAUACUCAUGUAUGUUUGUUGGGAAUAUCAUGUUUGCUGUUAUAGUCACUAAGAUAGAACGUAAUAAUAUAACAUAAUAAUAUGAUUUGCGAAAGGAUAGUUUCAAGAUUGCCAUUGUUUGAAUCGCCAUCAACAUUAAGAAAAUACUAAUUAAUAUCACUCAACAAUUAAAUAAUGUUAUCAUUACUUAAAUUAAAACCAUAGAAAGGAAAAUGAAACGCACAUAAUUCUAUUCACAAUUGAAUCACUUCGAUGAAACGUUACAAUAAUUAUCUUCGCAUUAAAACUAAUUAUUCACUGUUAUACAAAACAUAAUAAAUAUGAAAAAAUAUUAGAUUUCUAUAUAACGAUUAUGAAAGAAGAAUAUUAUCUAAAAUAGUCAAGUUUAGGGAGUCAUUAAAUUAUUGUAUGUUGUCUAGUAACUGUUGGUAAGUUCUCUUUGUAAGAAUAUUGUGAUAAAUAUCAUACUUAGGGUGUGUACGCAAAUGUAAAAAAUAUAUUUGUAAAAAUAUAAUGUGUAUAUGGAUUGUAAUUAUUAGAAGAUUCGUGUCAUAAUCAUAGUUUAUAUGAUAGUUAUAGUGGAGGGAACCGCGCGUAGUCUGGCCUUAGCAACGAUGUCCUUGUUUCAGCUUUUAUACGAAGGCAAUAUAAUCACAUAAUUGAUGUAGAUGCAAAAAGUACAAAAUAGUACGUUUUGUCCUUUACAACAACUUUUAUCGUUCUCCGAUAAUACAAACAAAAUUUAGGGCCUGAAUCGUAAUCUCAAUAUGGAAGGCACUGCGGAAAAGUAAAAAAUCUGUUCUAUAAUCUGAAGAAACAUCCAUGGUACAUAUUAGUAGCACUUGAAACAGGGAUGUCGUUGAGUUUAAACUAGUUUGCGCUUAAAAUGUUUAAUUAAAUUGUGUAGGUAUGUUCUAGUCGAAUGAGAUGUACAGCGGAGCGAGCACGGAAUGAUGCACGGACAAUACCACACAUUUGUUAUUUGUAGAUACUCCACGGACUAGUGGAUGUGUUAAAUGUGUAUGUUUCACAGUCAAGUUGUCCACAUUGUCGACACGACAGACCUGUGACCUGUGUGUUUGUAAACUUUGAGUUCUAUAUUUGAAUGCAAGUACAUAGGAGUAACAUAAUUAUUCUUUUUUCAUCUUACCACCAUUUUUGUAUAAUAAUAACUGUCAAAAACAAAUAAAUGAACAAAAACAUAUAACUUAACCAAAAUCACGGGUUACUCACGUGAAAAUACUGGGAAAAGCUCACUGGUGAGCUGUGCGAGAACCCCUCUGUGGUUCGAAACUAGUAGAGCUUUUCUCAGUAUAUUCACGUGAAUAACCCGCGAUUUUAGUUAAUUUAGUAUGUCUCACGAUACUUCUUAUAAAAACACAAACACAUGACACUUAAAAUAAAUAUUAUGAGCCCCAGUAUAACUUGAAAUUAGUUGGGUAUCUUCGAAUACUUUUUGAACGUGAACCAUCAAUGUUAUUUUUCAACUGUAUUCAUUAAUUGUAUGAAGUUUGCAGAUCAGUCAAUAACUUUCUAAGGAAAUUAAGUUUAAAUAAAUGUCUAGUGUGUCGACAAUAGUGAAACUAUACAAUAAAAUUAAAUAGAGUAAACAUUGGAGAACAGUGACUGUGUCGCCAUCUCUCGGUGUAUGUUGUAAACAAGUUGCCUUUUAGCGAGUACCUACACUGCGGCUUCGCGUGAGUGACACACAGACACACAAACUGAAACAAAGAGUUAUGAAGAGAAUGAAAAUAUCGGUUUUAUCAACUGAGCGUUUCCAUUAAUGAACACAUUAAAACUAUUGAUGUUUCCCUUAUAUUAAUUGUCUUUUGCAGAGAAACUGAAGUCUUAUUGUUAUAAGUUAGCAGUCUUGUUGUGUGUGUGUGUGUGUCUGUUCGUCACACAAUAUGUUGUUUGUUAUACACUGCCUUAGUACGGAUCGUUUGUAUAAACGUAAAGAUAUCAGUAGCUUAGUCUGUUGAUGUUUACUGUGACUUGCCAUCGUAAUUACUACCUUAUUGUUAGGACAUUAUAGCACUUGACAGUUUAAUAUGGCAGCUGGCAAUACUAUGUAUCGUUACUUAAAAUGCUUUAAAGCCUUUAUAAAUAGUCCUAUUUACUUUGUUGUAAUUAGAGUUGGAUUUCUGAGGUCUCGAAACAUGAUGCUGGUAUUUAAAUGAUUUUAUAUAUAUAUUAUACUUAUUAAGUCUUGGUGAUGAUACCUACUUGCAAUGUAUCCGUGAUAAAAACGCAGUUAUCUGUUACACUUAAUUAUCACAAAAUAGGACUUGUAUUUAAUAAAUCUACUCAGUACUUAAAACAAAGUCAUAUUAGUAUCCAUUCAUGUAAAACGAUAGCUUACUGUGCUCAUAUCACGCCUCGUAGCAACACGUUUACUCUCGACAAUUUUCUAGAUCGUCUACUAUUUCACUUUCACAAUCUUGACACCAGAUGUCGCCAUGUGAAACGUCAGAUUUGUACCUAAUAAGCGAAUUUUAUCCACCUUUAUUACAAGUGUAGUUGACUACAUCAGUGAAACUAAUAAUUUAUUUACGUAUAAAUAAAAUAAAUAUCAAGAAUAUUACA